CCCUUGGCGGGGGUUGCGCCAAACUCCUGCAGACGCGCGUUGGCGGCGGUUUUGCUGCUGUGGAGGGAGUAGAGCGCUCCGUCGACGCCGGUGUGGCCACACAGCUGCGCGCCACUGCCGCCCCUUCCUCUCUUUCCUCCCUCUCUCCCUCCCGUCCGUGAAGCCGGACAGCCGGGGCCGCAGUCGGAGCUGAAGGAAGCGUCAAGCGUGGCCGCAAGGCGCUGGGGUGAAGGCCGCAACAUGGCGAGCGCCUCCUACCACAUCUCCAACCUGCUGGAGAAGAUGACGUCCAGCGACAAGGACUUCAGAUUCAUGGCAACCAAUGAUUUGAUGACAGAAUUGCAAAAAGAUUCCAUUAAAUUAGAUGAUGACAGUGAACGAAAAGUGGUCAAAAUGAUCUUGAAGUUACUGGAAGACAAGAAUGGUGAAGUACAGAAUCUUGCUGUUAAAUGUCUUGGCCCAUUGGUCAGCAAAGUAAAGGAAUAUCAGGUGGAAACAAUUGUGGAUACCUUGUGUACCAAUAUGCUGUCAGAUAAGGAACAACUACGAGAUAUUUCCAGUAUUGGACUGAAAACGGUGAUCGGAGAGUUGCCUCCAGCCUCUAGUGGAUCUGCUUUGGCAGCUAAUGUUUGUAAAAAGAUCACAGGACGUCUCACUAAUGCUAUUGCCAAACAGGAAGAUGUCUCUGUUCAGUUGGAAGCUCUGGAUAUCAUGGCAGAUAUGCUAAGCAGGCAAGGAGGUCUGCUGGUUAAUUUCCAUCCAUCAAUUUUGAACUGCCUUCUUCCCCAGCUUACCAGUCCUCGGCUUGCUGUGCGGAAGAGAACGAUUAUAGCCCUUGGUCACCUCGUUAUGAGCUGUGGAAACUUGGUCUUUGUUGACCUGAUUGAGCAUUUGUUGACAGAACUUGCUAAAAACGAAUCUAUGUCUACAACCAGGACCUAUAUUCAGUGCAUUGCUGCUAUUAGCAGACAGGCAGGACACCGAAUAGGAGAAUAUUUGGAAAAAAUCAUUCCAUUAGUUGUUAAAUUCUGCAGUGUUGAAGAUGAUGAGCUGAGAGAAUACUGCAUUCAAGCUUUUGAGUCUUUUGUGAGAAGGUGCCCAAAGGAAGUUUUUCUUCAUGUCACCACCAUUAUUAACAUAUGCCUGAGGUACUUGACUUAUGACCCCAAUUACAAUUAUGACGACGAUGAUGACGAAGAUGAUGCGGCAAUGGAGUCCGAAGGUGGAGAUGAUGAUGAUCAAGGGAGUGAUGAUGAGUACAGUGAUGAUGAUGAUAUGAGCUGGAAGGUGCGUCGUGCUGCUGCCAAGUGCUUAGAUGGUGUGGUCAGCACUCGUCAUGAAAUGCUACCAGAAUUUUAUAAAACUGUAUCUCCAGCACUGAUUGCUAGAUUCAAGGAACGUGAGGAGAAUGUUAAAGCAGAUGUUUUCCAUGCCUAUCUCUCAUUGCUAAAGCAGACCAGACCUGCUCAGAGCUGGCAUCUUGACCCAGAUGCAAUGGAACAAGAAGAGACACCUUUGGUUAUGCUACAGAAUCAAGUUCCCAAUAUUGUAAAAGCGUUACACAAGCAGAUGAAAGAGAAGAGUGUGAAAACUCGCCAGUGUUGUUUUCACAUGCUGACCGAGCUGGUCAAUGUGUUGCCAGGGGCUUUGACUCAGCAUGUACCAGUUCUGGUUCCAGGAAUAAUCUUUUCCUUAAACGAUAAAUCUAGUUCAUCCAACCUGAAGAUUGAUGCUCUUUCAUGUUUGUACGUUAUCCUUUGUAACCAUUCGCCUCAGGUCUUCCACCCUCAUGUAGAUGCCUUAGUUCCACCGGUUGUGGCUUGUGUAGGUGAUCCUUUCUAUAAAAUCACUUCAGAAGCUCUUCUUGUAACUCAGCAACUUGUAAAAGUAGUAAGGCCUGUUGAUCAUCUCUACACGUUUGAUGCUGCUCCAUACAUUAAUGACUUAUUCACUUGCACUGUCAAGCGAUUAAAAGCUGCUGACAUUGAUCAAGAGGUGAAGGAAAGAGCAAUUUCCUGUAUGGGACAGAUAAUAUGUAAUCUUGGUGACCAUUUAGGCAGUGAUUUACCUAGUACACUGCAGAUUUUUUUGGAGAGGCUGAAGAAUGAAAUUACUAGACUGACGACGGUGAAAGCCUUGACGUUAAUAGCUGGAUCUUCUCUCAAGAUUGACCUGCGACCAAUACUAAGUGAAGGUGUACCAAUUUUAGCUUCGUUCUUGAGAAAAAACCAGCGGGCAUUGAAGCUAAGUACCCUUUCUGCUUUGGACAUCCUAAUCAAGAACUAUAAUGACAGCCUGACACCUGCUAUGAUUGAAGCAGUUUUAGUGGAGCUUCCACCACUUAUUAGUGAAAGUGACAUGCAUGUGUCGCAGAUGGCCAUAAACUUUCUUACAACCUUGGCCAAGGUGCAUCCUUCUUCUCUUUCAAAAGUCAGUGGUUCAAUUCUUACAGAGCUUAUUGGGCUUGUUCGGUCCCCACUACUUCAAGGAGGAGCUCUCAGUGCAAUGCUGUAUUUUUUCCAAGCCCUUGUUGGAACUGGAACUGCAAAUCUGGGUUACAUGGAGUUGCUACGAAUGUUGACUGGUCCUGUUUAUUCUCAAAGCAACGCGUUGACUCACAAGCAGUCCUAUUAUUCGAUAGCAAAGUGUGUAGCAGCACUAACUCGAGCCUGCCCGAAAGAAGGGCCAGCAGUGGUUGGGCAAUUUAUCCAGGAUGUAAAGAAUUCCAGAUCCACCGAUUCGAUUCGACUCCUGUCUUUGUUGUCCCUUGGAGAGGUUGGUCAUCAUAUUGACUUGAGUGGGCAAACUGAGCUUAAGUCUGUUAUUUUAGAAGCUUUCUCUUCCUCAAGUGAGGAAGUGAAAUCUGCAGCAUCCUAUGCCCUAGGAAGCAUUAGUGUUGGAAACCUUCCGGAGUACCUACCUUUUGUUCUGCAAGAAAUAACAAGUCAACCCAAAAGGCAGUACCUGCUUCUGCAUUCUCUGAAAGAGAUUAUUAGUUCCUCUUCAGUUGGAGGUCUCAAACCCUAUGUGGAAAACAUUUGGAGUUUGCUGCUGAAACACUGUGAAUGCGCAGAAGAAGGAACUCGAAAUGUUGUUGCAGAGUGCCUGGGGAAGCUUACUUUGAUAGAUCCAGAGACAUUAUUACCACGGCUUAAAGGGUACUUGGAUUCGGGGUCGUCUUACGCUCGAAGCUCUGUGGUUACAGCUGUGAAGUUUACUAUUUCUGAUCACCCACAGCCAAUAGACCCUCUGUUGAAGAACUGCAUAGGUGAUUUCCUAAAAACAUUGGAGGAUCCGGAUCUCAAUGUUAGAAGAGUAGCUUUAGUUACUUUCAAUUCAGCUGCACAUAAUAAACCAUCGUUAAUCAGAGAUCUCUUGGAUACUAUUCUUCCUCACCUUUACAAUGAAACAAAAGUUAGAAAGGAAUUAAUAAGAGAGGUGGAAAUGGGACCAUUCAAGCACACUGUGGAUGAUGGUUUAGAUAUUAGGAAAGCAGCUUUUGAGUGCAUGUACACGCUUCUAGAUAGCUGUCUUGACAGAUUAGACAUUUUUGAAUUUCUGAACCAUGUUGAAGAUGGACUCAAGGACCACUAUGAUAUCAAGAUGCUGACUUUCUUGAUGUUAGUACGGUUGUCAACUCUUUGUCCAAGUGCAGUUCUGCAGAGGUUGGACAGGCUGGUGGAACCUUUACGUGCUACAUGUACAACAAAGGUAAAAGCCAAUUCAGUCAAACAAGAGUUUGAGAAGCAAGAUGAACUGAAACGCUCAGCAAUGAGGGCAGUUGCAGCAUUAUUGACCAUUCCAGAAGCAGAGAAAAGUCCACUUAUGAGUGAGUUUCAGUCUCAAAUAAGCUCCAACCCUGAAUUGGCAGCUAUCUUUGAAAGUAUUCAGAAGGACUCAUCUUCUACUAGCUUGGAGUCGAUGGACACUACCUAAAUCUUCUCUUCCAAAGAAGGAAACUCUAAUUUUAUUGUUGUAAUGCACUGGAAUUUCAGUCAGUACACAAGCAAAAAAUAAUCUGUACUUUGAGCUUUAAGCUUAUGAAUUUAUUUUUAGUUUCAUGGAAAUACGUUUUUGUUUAUUGUUGCUUUUUUUAGUGUUUAACCCAAAUGGUCCUUGUAGUUAAAAGUGGGAAAAAGUGUAAAUUUCACAGAAUUCUUCAUUGUCAUACCACAUCCAAUUCAACAGUAUUUUAAAAAGGUAAAACAAUUGUAGAAGUAGAUUGUGUAUAGAUAUGCAGUAAAGAUACUGGUGCGCUGAACGAAUGAACUUGGAAUAUAAAUGUUGAACUUUACUCCUGGGAGAUUAUCAUUAAGGAAACUUCAUGACAUUCACCUUAUUAUUUGACAUAUUUUGUAAGGAUAAAAGGUCUGUUUAUCUGUCCACUGUUUGUUUCAGCUUGCUAAACAAUAGUUAAAGAACUCUGCAUUGUGGAAAUUUAUUAUAUUAAAAUGACAGUUCUUAAAUCAUAGAUUCGUACUUCCUAUUCUUGAAAUAACACAAUUAUUUCCAUGAAUGCUUCAGUACUCCGUAAACAUUCCAAAAUGUAACAUGGAAUUUGUAUUUUUGUUUAGGAUCUAUAUCGUGAACUCAACGUUUUAUUCUGCGCACCACUUAAAGCCUUCAUUUUUUUUAUUUGAUCUUAUACAUUCAAAAUUUUUUUUCAAGUUAAGUCUAAUAAAUCUGCACUGAGGUUCUAGAUUCGGUCCAAUUCUAAUACAGUGAUAUUGACUUGAGAAGUCUCAUUUUAGUCUGGCUGAUCACAGCAUUGGAGUAAAUACUAAUUUAUACAUUCCUUAAAGCAAUUUUUCAAAGGCAAUCUUGCAUCUCUGAAUAAUGGAGUCAUCAAUUUCACUUUCUUUAUUCAAUCCGUGUUAUUUGGGAAUCUUGGCGCAUAUGUUUAUUUUGUUGAUUGCUGGAGCCAUAAUGAAUGGAUAAGGUAUUGAAAAUACUAAACUUAACUUGAUUCAGGUAGCAACUUGCAUUUAAAUACUUCAUUUCAUGUAAGAAAACCUCCCACAUGGUUUUCUGACAAAUUAAAAGACGUUAAACAGGAAUUUAAGGGUAAUGAAGAAGACAAGUGGAAAUUAAGAAAGAUGACCUUAGAGAAUCUGUUUUUGAAUGGUACAAGUGAGGUGGAAGAAAAUUAGAUGGGGUAUGUGUUUGUUCAUUUGGGUGGGAGUAAAGUUGUGAUGCAUAAAGGAAGGUCACACUGCUCUUAAUUCUACUUUAGGUAUUCAAAUUUUAAGAAUGUUGCAUUUCUGUCAUUUGUUACACCUUGUGUAUAUAAUUUAUCGACAUUUUAGAAAAUGAUUCCACUGCAAACAAAUGAGUUUUUAUUACAUAUUUCCAGUGAUUUCCUAGUUUCCAUUGCAGUGUUAACAUUGAGUGAUAGGGUUUGUUCUGUAAUACCUUGAUAAAGAAAUUUAAAUUAAAUAGCCAUAUUCUGUAAGCUAAUGGCCAACUUGAAUAUUUGAGUUCUGUAUUGCCGUCAAACAGAUUUGUUUGCUCCAAGUGGCUACAAUGACUUUUUUAAUAAUGGCCAAACAUCUGUUUUGUUUAAAGAGAUAACUGUUCAUUAGCAGCAAAGCUAUUAUAGUACCAUUUUCCCCUUCAGCAUGAGAUGAGAAGAGAGGGAACAACUUUUUUCCUAAGUUGCAAUUUUUAAAUUCAGUAUUGCAAAUAAACUUGCUGUGUAGCUGAGGUUUUGAUCCAAGAUUACUUUCUAAGACUGGAUUACAUUUCAUUUAUACUAUUUGAGUGGAAGUUCAUGGGUUCAUUCAUUUAUCUCUGAAAUGCAGAUUAUAAUUUCACGUUUGCUUCUUUGUGCAAAGACCCGUACUUCCCUAAAUUGUUGCUGUGUUUUGUACAGCAGGUAUUUUAAAUAUUAUUUGAUGCAUUAAUAAUGAUCAGUAAUGUUUUUGAGGGGGGAAGGGUGCAAAAUAGUAUUGAAUUUGUUAUAAUCUGCUAAAUUGUACAUGUCAGAGGUUAACAUUCUGUGAAGUCACAAUUUUGUUAGCAUUCAUUGAUGCUAUUGGUGGUUCUGAAAUAUGCAUUAAUGUCUUUGGUUUAUUCACUUUAACUGUCCAGAGAUUUGCAAUUCUUUUUGGUGAGUAUGGAUUUAGUAUGUUGGGAUGUGUACAUUUUGUUAGUUGCUGAUUUGUUUGAUUUGGUUCAAAUUUUUGGUUUGCUUCUACAUAAACUAAGGCUAAUAGCCGAGGAAAUACAGAUCUGCUUACAACAAUAAGAGAAAGGAUUGACCUUUUGAGUUGUAGUUCAUGGCCAAUGCAUGUUUUCUUCCCAAAAUAUUAAAUA